AGGAAGAAGUAUCAGAUCCAGUUUCGAGAGGACUAAGUGUUAAGAGUGUUUAUGGCGUCGUAGAAUAUUGUGAUCCUAGAAAUAAUAAAUAUUUUAGGGAGAAUAUCCUGGAUUUACCAAAGUAA